UCCUCCUGCCUCUGCCUCCCGAGUGCUGGGAUUAAAGGCGUGCACCACCACCGCCCGGCUCCAGGCAGAUCUUUUUUGAGGCCAGCCUGGUCUAUAGUGAGUUCUAGGACAGCUACGCCACAUAGGAAGAUCUUGUCUCAUAAAAAGUCAUAAAUAGCCUGUGAGUUCGAGGCCAGCCUGGUCUAUCUACAAAGUGAGUUCCAGGACAGCCUCCAAAGCCACAGAGAAACCCUGUCUCGAAAAACCAAAAAAAAAAAAAAAAGUCAUAAAUAACAUUUAAAUAAAUUCAGAUUCUGCCUUUGGGACUCCAUGAGGGCAGCUGCUUGCGAGAGGCUCCACACAAACAGAUUGAAGGAUGACUCAGGUCAAGGGAGGCCCCAGAGGCUGAAAGACAGGCAGGUCGGGUAGAAGGCAGGGCUGGGGGCGGGACCAGUCCUGGCUCCACCCUUCCUACUUCAGAGCCAUGGGGAGCCCAGGUCAUGGUGGGCCACCCCUGGUGCAAGCGCCCUACACUGUUCUGCUGCUACCACUGGGGACAAGCCGCCAAGAUCCCGGGGCCCAGAGCUUCUUCCUCUGGGUGAGUACUAGGCCAGCGAGUCUAGGACAUCCCUCCCCAGAUCUGCCGUUUCCAAUCACUCUGGGGACCCAUGGGCUUUCCCCCUGUGCCACCUUGCGCCCAAGUCCUCAGUGGGCUGUCUGAGCUCACACUUAGUGACCAGGGUGAGCCCUUGAGUGUGGGCCGUCGUGGGGUCCUGCUGGGGGUGAGAGUUUUGGCCUGUGUUUGUCGAAGCCAGCUGCAGAUGAUGCAGGCUCUGGAGAGGGAACAAGAUGCUCUGUGGCGGGGCCUGGAGCUGCUGGAGCAGGGCCAAGCCUGGUUUGCAGACCGUCUAAGACAGACACAGCAACGACAGCUGCAUCUGGGCGCCCUUGGCCAGGAUUUCCCCAUGAACUUGGACUCAGAGGCCGACUCCCCACAGCUAACCCAGAUCCAAAAGGUGAACGCUUGUUUGCGAAGUCUCAUUCAGACGGAGUUGUCGGAGCAGCAACAGUCCAAGGGAGCGCUGGCUUGGCCAGGCUGCCCCCAGGGGCAGAGGGGCCCUACCCGUGUGUGAACCUCCCCUCCCAACACUGCUGAGUCGGGAGCGGGGCUGGCAGACACCGCACACACCUUACUUUAUCGUGACCCAGCAGCCAGGGGCUCUGGGCUGUGGCUCAGAGAAAUUCAAAAGUGAACUGGAGACCCCUAACAGUGCCCGCUGCACCCUCUGGACAUCCCUACCCUCACUCUGUCCCAUGCUGUGUGCAAAAACACCUGUCUUGAGUGUGGGGGAGAAGGCACCAUCACUGGAACCCUCUGCAGCUUAAAGUCCAGCUAAGUACAGAAGCCACCCUGGAUGCUAGAGUGAACCUGUGCUUGCGGGUGCCCUGCCCUCCUGGAAUAAACAGCAGCUUCCAAAACAUUAAAAAAAAAA